AUGAAACGCCUGUCUCGUGUCUUUAGUGGCAGCCCCAAGCCCGUCCCGCAGAGAGAAUACGAGGAUGUGAGAUCUUCCACAGCAGAGAAGCCUCUCUCACAUGAGCCCAAGUCUGUCAUUGAGGGACGAUCCGUUGACGAAGCACGGCCACUGAGAGUUGUGGUCAUUGGUGCUGGAAUCUCUGGAAUUCUCGCUUGUAUUCGAUUCGUCCAAAGAAUUCCCAAUAUCGACCUGUGCAUUUACGACAAAAACGCAGACAUUGGAGGAACCUGGUUUGAAAACAGAUACCCGGGAUGCGCGUGUGGUAAGCUUGUCUGUGGCUCGAACUACCGGAGGGCUUUUUUAUUAAUUCAAUUUUCCUUGCCAGAUAUUCCCGCUCACACCUACCAAGCUACUUUCGAGCCUAAUAAAGAUUGGUCUCAGUUUUAUGCCAGUGCACCUGAGAUCCACAGGUAUUGGAAGCGUGUUGUCGACAAGUAUGGUUGCAUGAAGUAUAUCAAGUUGAAGCAACAAGUCUCAGAGGCUGCCUGGAAUGAGCAUAGCUCUAAGUGGGAGAUACAGGUCAAAGAUGUGGAUAGUGGUAUUGUUCGGAGUGAUCAGUGUGAUAUUCUUAUCCAGGCAACCGGCGCCUUGAACAACUGGAAGUGGCCAAGUAUUCCAGGUCUGCAUGACUUCAAAGGCAAGCUCUUGCACAGUGCUAUCUGGGAUGAGGAUUAUGAUUACUCGAAUAAAAAUGUCGCAGUCGUCGGCAAUGGAUCAAGUGGAAUCCAGAUUGUUCCUGGAAUCCUCCCCAAGGUCACGCACAUUAACCACUAUGUGCGUAGCCGGACCUGGAUUGCACCCACGUUUGCCAGAGAGCAGGUCGACAAGCGUGGCGAAGGACUUGAGAACUUCAAAUUCACCGCAGAAGAAAUCGAGGAGUUCAAGAAAGAUCACUCAAAAUACCAGCAGUUCCGAAAGGGUAAGAACUGGACUCUCCAUUGUGUAUUAACUGAGCUGACUUACGCACUUAAAGACGUUGAACUGGCAUUGCAGUCGAUCCACGGGGCUACAUUGAUCGGAGAUCCUAUGCAAGUUGAAGCUCAUGAUAUCUUUGUCGAGAACAUGAAACGCCGAUUGAGGAACAAGCCAGAGCUUCUCGAUGACCUUGUCCCAUCCUUCCCACCUGCAUGUCGCCGGCUAACGCCGGGACCUGGCUAUCUCGAGGCAUUGACUGACGAGAAGGUGGACGUAAUCAAAUCUGAGAUAAUCAAAGUUGACGAGACUGGGAUCAUGACCUCAGACGGUCAGCACCGGGCAGUCGAUGCGAUUGUCUGCGCGACCGGAUUCGAUACGACGUGCACUCCACGGUUCCCUAUCAAGGGACGGAAUGGACGUACCCUGGAAAAGCACUGGGAGAAGACCCCCGAGACCUACAUCUCGCUCGCCACCAACGAGUUCCCCAACUAUUUCAUUUCGCUCGGACCCAACGCUGGCCUGGGUGAGGGAAAUCUGUUGCUGCUGAUCGAGAAGGGUAUUGAUUACAUGUCGGAGUGUAUUCGUAAGAUCCAGCGCGACAAUAUCCGCACAAUGGCCGUGAAGGGGAAUGCCGUCAAACAGUUCACUCAGUAUUGUGACCAGUACUUUGAAAAAACAGUGUUUGGUGCAAAGUGCCGCAGUUGGUACAAGGGCGGCACUGAAGAUGGCCGCAUUGUUGCCCUUUGGCCUGGAUCAUCCCUGCACGCCAUGAAGGUAUUCGCCCAUCCCCGUUGGGAAGAUUUUGACUAUGAAUAUGUCAAUGACAAUCCCACGAGCUGGUUUGGCGAUGGAUGGACUGAGAAGGAGAAGAACGACACAAUCGACGUGGAUUAUUUGGAUGACGACCGGAUUGAUUUCCCUAUUCCCGUGUAG